AUGAAACCGCUGGACCAAUCAGCUGGCUGGAGCUCGGACAAUUCGGCUUUGACUAAACGGAGAAUUAGGUAUGAAAACGUCUUGAAGUGCUGUAUUUUGCUUAAUUUUUGCUUUUUACUGUGUGGCAAGGACAUAUUAUACGAUGAAACAUGUCUUGGCUUUUAAUAGGGAUUUUUGCCAUCUGCAGGCUGCACGAGACAUAUUAUACGAUGAAACAUGCCCCGGCGCUUUAAUUUUAAAAAUUAAAGUUUUAUAAGUCUUGUUGUGAUAACUAAGUUUAGUUUUUUGGUUUUUUAACGCGUUUAAGCAGUUUUUUGCCACCUGCGGGCUGCGCGAGACAUGUUAUACGAUGAAACAUGUCUAGACUUUUAAAUAAAAAAAUAGAUAUUCUUAAGGUUUUUUAAAAAUAAAUAUUAUAGUUCUUUAGUUUUACGAUGUUUUUAAUCAGUCUUUUAUCAUUUGCAGACUGCGCGAGACAUUUUAUACGAUGGGACAUGUUUUUUUGUAGUUUAGGCUUAUUUUAGUAACUAGAUAGUCGAAAACGCAAAAAAUUACUUUAAAAAUCAAUUCAAUGACAAAAAUUUUACAAAUUUUUUAAAAAUUUUGAAAUUUCUUAAAUUUUUUAAAAUUUAAAAAUUUAAAUUUUUUAGUAUUUCCAAGUCAGCAGAGAACCUAAAACCAACGGAUGCCAGCCUAAAAAAGUCUCUAUACCUUCAAAAACAAACUUCGGACGCUUCGAAGCCACCAAUCGAUCCGAAGUCAAGGUUUAGAUCACUUUCAAAGACGGUUUAUCACAAUAGCCAUAGGUCAAGUUCAUCCGAUGAAAGUUCAAGUGAAGACGGGCUUCAGACUGACAAUUUGAAACAGAGGCAGCCAGCUAUUCGAGAAGUGGUGUUUCAGUUGAGGAGGUACAACGACGCUUGGUUUAGGGUGAGUUGGGUAGUGUAGGGUAGGGUAGGGGUAGGGUAGGGUAGGGUAGGGUAGGGUAGGGUAGGGUAGGGUAGGGUAGGGUAGGGUAGAGUAAGGUAGGGUAGGGUAGAGUAGGGUAAGGUCAAAUUUUAAAUUUAAAAAAAUUUUUUUUAGAAAAUAGCUACAGAAACGCCAGAAGUCUUCGUAGACUCGAGUAACUAUGCGUAUUACCAAAGAAGCGGACGCAGCCGCAAUUGACGUUGAAGAUGCGUUGAGUCGUGCUCAGCCUCGGUUUAUUGUGAGUUUUUCUAAAUUUUUUAAAAAUUUCUAAAAAUUUUUAAAAAAUAAGAAAAAUUUUCAAAUUUUCAAAUUUUUUUGCCAUUUUCAACAUUACCCACCCCAAACCUCAUUACAAUACCAUAUGAGCAUUAAAUCAAGCCUGUGAAGCACGCGCCAUGAUAGCUCAGUUGGGAGAGCGUUAGACUGAAGAUCUAAAGGUCACCGGUUCGUGGCAGCUGGCUUUUCGGAGCUUUUUUGAAGUUUUUGUGUAUUUUUAGGUAACAAAUUAGAUUUAAAAUUGAUAUUUCUUUAUUUUUACAAUAAGAAAUAGCAGUGUUUUUUAAAAAAAUGUUGUUAAAUUAUAUGUUUUUUGACUAAAAAUGGCAAAAUUUCUGUCUUUUUUCUCUCUUUUUUACUCUUUUUUGAUUGAUUUUGAAGUUUUUUGAAGGUAAAAUACGAUUUAUUCAAAGGGAUAUAACAAAAAUAAUGUUAACGUAACUAAAAAUUUUUAAAAAUCUUUGUUUCAACAUCAAUUUUAAGCAAAAAAAACCCUUAUUUCAGCCCCAAGUAGGCUUCGAACUGGACAGAACUCUCUUCAUUGGUCAUGACAAGCUGCUCCUAACGACCGGUCGAUAUUUAUGUCAGCUGGAUGUUGCCAACUGUGCUGAUGAGUUGACUUUCAUCGACAUGAGUGGUCGUAUCACGUCGAUUGGCAUCAAUGAAAACAAUGACAUGUUGGUGGUGGUGGUCGAUUAUCGUCGAGGUGCUACACUGUUUGUGAAGUCGAUUAAGAAUGUUAAUGUCACUCACAAGAGCUUCAUUGUUGGGUAAGACUUUUUGAUGAUUUGGAAUUUUAUGGACUAGGAUUACGACCAGGACUAAAACUAGGACUAAGGCUAGGGAUUUAGGCUAGAACUCUGGGCUAGGGCUCUCGGGCUAGGGCUCUCGGGCUAGGGCUCUCGGGCUAGGGCUCUCGGGCUAGGGCUCUUGGGCUAGGGCUCUCGGGCUAGGGCUCUCGGGCUAGGGCUCUUGGGCUGGGGCUCUCGGGCUAGGGGCUCUCGGGCUAGGGCUCUUGGGCUAGGGCUCUCGGGCUAGGGCUCUCGGGCUAGGGCUCUCGGGCUAGGGCUCUCGGGCUAGGGCUCUCGGGCUAGGGCUCCCGGGAUAGGGCUCUCGGGCUAGCGCUCUCGGGCUAGGGCUCUCGGAUUAGGGCUCUGGACUAGGGCUCUAGGCUAGGGCUCUCGGGCUAGGGCUCUUGGGCUAGGGCUCUCGGGCUAGGGCUCUCGGGCUAGGGCUCUUGGGCUGGGGCUCUCGGGCUAGGGCUCUCGGGCUAGGGCUCUUGGGCUAGGGCUCUCGGGCUAGGGCUCUCGGGCUAGGGCUCUCGGGCUAGGGCUCUCGGGCUAGGGCUCUCGGGCUAGGGCUCCCGGGAUAGGGCUCUCGGGCUAGCGCUCUCGGGCUAGGGCUCUCGGAUUAGGGCUCUGGACUAGGGCUCUAGGCUAGGGCUCUCGGGCUAGGGCUCUCGGGCUAGGGUUCUCGGGCUAAAGAAACCUUAGUCCAAGCCUAAAAAACGCUGGUUUAAGCCUAAAAUAAUUUUAAUUUGAGCUUAAAAAAGCUGUAUGUAAGCCUAUAUAAAAUGCCUAAAAUAAGCUUGAUUUAAGCCUAAUAUAAGUUAAAUUCAAGCCUAAACAAAGCUCAUUUUAAGCUUAUUUUAAGCCCAAUUCAAGCUUAAAAUAGGCUUACUUUCAAGCUUAUAAUAAUUCUAAUGAAAGCCUAAAAUAAGUUUAAUUUAAGCCUAAACAAAGCUCAAUAUAAGCCUAAAAUAAGUCUACUUUAAUCUUAUAAUAAGCCUAAUGUAAGUUUAAAAUAAGUUUAAUUUAAGCUUAAACAAAGCUCAUUAUAAGCCUAAAAUAAGUCUACUUUAAUCUUAUAAUAAGCCUAAUGUAAGUUUAAAAUAAGUUUAAUUUAAGCUUAAACAAAGCUCAAUUUAAGCCUAGCAUAAGCCUUAUCUACGCCUAAAAUAAGCUUUAUUCAAGCCUAAGACAAGGUUAAUUUCAAGUUUGAAAUAAGUCUUAAACAAGCCUAAAACAAGCCUAAAACAUAAUAUUUUUAAGCCUAGUAGCCACCCAGCUACUGAUAACCCCAGAUGGCAAAAAAGUAGUAUUAAUGGAAGUAGAUCAAGCCAAAACUAUCGUCAGAUUGACAGCAUAUACAAUAGAAGAUGGCAAGAUUUUUGCCGAAGUAAAAUACGAGUUGGAAAAGAAAAGUUCGAAAUUCGAAAUUUCACUUUGUCCGGCCGACGAAGACGUCGUAUGUUUGUUGACAGACGAGUCAGCCAACCUAUAUCGCAUCAUUCCUGGUCAACUAUUGAUCUUUAGUACGGUUAAGGUAUGUUUUGUCAUAUAGUUAGGCAUUUGGAGGGUCUAAAAAUUCUUGUCGCUUUUGACUAUGAAAAUACACUGAGAUCGGCGACAAGACUUUUUUUAUUGAAAAAGAAAGUAAAAAAUGCCGUUAUUUUUAUGAUGUCAUAGUAAAAACAAACUUUUCAGGCCGAUAUCUUCACUUGUCAUGCCUGGGCCGAUGAUGUUACAUUAGCUUUUGGCAGCUCAGAAGGCAAAUUGUUGUUAUAUAGAGAAAGCAUCGCUUUGGAAGCCAUCGACCUUGGUAAAAUGCAUGGAAAGUAAGCUACCCUACCCUACCCUAUCCUACCCUACCCUACCCUACCCUACCCUACCCUACCCUACCCUACCCUACCCUACCCUACCCUACCCUACCCUACCCUACCCUGCCCUACCCUACCCUAUCCUACCCUACCCUACCCUACCCUACCCUAACCUACCUUACCUUACCCUACUUCGCCCUACCGUAUCAUACCCUUAGCAAGCUCAACUUAACCUACAGUACCCUUACACCUUCUGCCACACAAUGUCCUAUCCUACAGUACACUUUCUAUUCUUAACCUACCUUACAAUACCCACCUCGGCCUUUUUUUGCCCUACAGUACCCCAGUACCUUUAUGAACCCUACUUUACACUUAUUUACUCUACACUAACCUUGGCUUAUUUUAAAAGUUUUUUGAUGAACUCGAAUUCUACAGUACCUCUGACUUAUUCUAUGCGAAGUUCUUACUGUAUUUCUAUGACAGACAUACCCUUUUCAUUCCCCCCCCCCUUCUUCUUCUUUUUAUCUUUUUACCCGACCUUACUGUACCCUAGCCUACUCUUGAUCAUGCCCUACUUUGCUCUACCGCAAUCUCUACUACUACUUUACCCUAAUUCUACCUCACCCUACCCGCCUUUUUUGAGUUUAUAGUUUAGCUAAUAUUGGAUUUUUAAGCCUAUAACUAACAAUUUUUAGGCUAAUAGCCGACGCCCAGAAGUCGAACAAGGCAGGGGUGAUCAAGAUGAGCUCCAGCGACUCCGGCCUAGUCGUCUGCGUCGAGAUCGGUGUCAUCUUCAUCUUCCCACCUCGCUCCGACGAGGAAUCCACGAAUCGUUGGAAGAACUCCCGAGCCAUUGUAAUCGACUCACUGCACAGUAAAUCCUACUGUAGUCAGUUGUGCCUGGAUCCGACCGGUCAAAACCUAUUUUACGUAGAUUCGGAAAGCCUGUGGUACUGUAACAUACAGUAUAUUGAAGCCGUCUGCCGGGAUGGCAUGCGAUUGGUGUUGGCACAGCAUGCUAAGAAGGUUAAGUGUAUUAGUAGUGACUUUGGUGCAACAAAGAAUGUCAUGACAAUCGAUGAAAGUGGACUGGUUAUUGUCAGUAGUGGGGUCACCAAGUAAGUGGUACUGUAACUUCGUCUAAAGAUUUUUGAAAAUUGGAGUUUUUAGAGUUUAAUGGCUUAGAAUAAUAUAAUUUUUGACCAAAAAUUGAAUUAAAAAUUUUGGGGGGGGGGCAUGUUAUACGAUAAAACAUGUUUCAGCGUAUAACAUGUCGCUUUUUAAGCAUAUUUUUUAAAACUUAGUAAAGCUAUGUAAAUUUAUGGCUACAAAUGAUUUUUCAGGUUAGUAUUCACUUAAAAUUUUUGUUUUUUUUGAAAUUAGAAGAGACAUUUUAUACGAUAAAACAUGUUUCAUCGUAUAACAUGUCGCUUUUUGAGCAUAUUUUUUAAAACAUAGUAAAAUUAUGUUUGAAAAUUAUUUUAAGCCUACACUUUGAUAAAAAAUUUUAAUUUUUUACUUUUUUGAAUCGAAGGUGACAUAUUAUACGAUAAAACAUGUUUCAUAGUAUAACAUGUCACUUUUUACAGACAUAUGUUGAAAUAUGGCAAAAAUAUGGUUGAACGUGAUUUUAAAGCUUAGUUUUUAUUGAAAAGAACUAUUUUUUAAUAUUUGAAUUUAUAGGUGACAUGUUAUACGAAAGUACAUGUUUUAUCGUAUAACAUGUCGCUUUUACAAAUUUUAUUAAAAAUAAUCAUUAUAUUGUAAAAUACGUUGUAGUUUCAGAAUAAUAUUAAUUUUUUAAUCACGAAUUACUUUUAGAAAAUUGCUAGCAACACACCUAAACGAUGAAAUUAUAAGUGGAGUAAUGCUGAAAGGAGGUAACAAAGUGUUACUGCUAACCUCGGAGAAGCUGCAACAAUAUUGGAUAUUGUGUAGAAGUUUGGUCAAAGAUGCGGUAGUUAUGAAGACAAAAGAAAGCCAUCUAUUUCAAGCGGUAUGUUGUUAAAUUAGCCCUAGCCCUAGUCCUAGCCCUAGCCCUAGCCCUAGCCCUAGCCCUAGCCCUAGCCCUAGCCCUAGCCCUAGCUCUAGCUCUAGCCUUAGCCCAGCCCUGUCUAAGUAAGCCAAGCUCAGUCCAGCCAUGGGUAGCGUAGCCCAAGAUAGCCUUGCCUUGCUUAUGACCUUACCUUACAAUGCUCUAUUUAAAAGUAACUGUACGAUCAGAUGUCGCAAAACAUUCAAGCUACGAAACUGGCCUUACUAACUACAGACACCUUGUACAUAUUAGACAUGGAUACGUUUCGAAAAACGUGUUAUGUCAUUGUUGGUUCUAAAGAGGUAUGAUUACUUUUAUACUUCUAAAAAAUGAAAAGUGCAUUUUUACGAUUGUUUAUUAGCGAAAAAGAAUAUUUUUUGGCAUUUCUGCCUAAGGGCUUUUUCCAAUUUUAAUGCCAAAGCUUUUUUCCAACAAAUAUUUUUUGUUUAUUCAACAGCCUUAUGACAGACUUAUUGUUAGAAACACUGUGGUAAAAAAGUCACGUAGCCCUAUACUCGACUGUUUUAGAGUGUGGUAGCCCUGAGAUGGUCGGCGGACGACAGUACGAUUGCUUGCUUGUCUAACAACGACACGGUUUGCUUGAUUGAUGUUAUUGAAGGUGGGUUUAUUGUUCUAUUUUUAGCUUAUGUGCUUGAGCCUUAGCCUGAGGAUGACUGUGAGCCUGAGCUUGAGCCUGAAGCUGAGUGUGAGCCUGAGUUUGAGCUUGAGCCUGAGCCUGAGCCUGAGUGUGAGCCUGAGCCUGAGCCUGAGCUUGAGCCUGAGCUUGAGCCUGAGUUUGAGCUUGAGCCUGAGCCUGAGCCUGAGUGUGAGCUUGAGCCUGAGCCUGAGCUUGAGCUUGAGCCUGAGCUUGAGCUUGAGCUUGAGCUUGAGCUUGAGCCUGAGCCUGAGCCUGAGUUUGAGCUUGAGCUUGAGCCGGAGUCGGAGCCUUAACGAGAGCUUAGUCUAGCUCUGCUUAAAUAAGCCUAGCUCAGUUCAGCCAUGCGUAGCGUAGCUCAAGUUAGCCUAACCCAGACCGGCCAAAUCUAGCCUAGCCUAGUCUAUACCAGCUCAACCCAGGCCAAACCAGGCAAAGCCAGUCCAACUCAGGCCAACCCAGGGCAACCCAGCUUAGUCUUACCCAACCAUUGUUUUUCUGUUAUGCCUUACUCUAAAUAGUCCUGACAUGACCUAACCUUAUCUUACUAAUUUACAAUAGCCCUAGCAUUGAAUUGCUGUAGUCUCCCUCUCCCCCUCCCGCGUAUGCCUCUAUCCCCUUCCUGUCUACACUAAAAUACCCCACCUGCCCGCUCGUCCGACCUAUUAAACAUAAAUAUCUACCUUCAGGACGUCUCCUCUGGACGAUUGACUUCAAACUUCGCUUCUUUGUUGACCUAUCUUGCUACAAAGACACCGUAUACGUGAUGGGUAACAAAUUCAUGAUGACACGGCUACAGAACGGUAAAGAGUUAGAAGCCACCAACGUGCAUCAAGAAGGCAUCUCUCUGAAAGCCAACUCAACAGCACUUCUGACUACAGAAUCUGUUCAUUUCGUAGCCUCUAGUGGUGGCAAUGUUAACAAGGUUGAUAUUGACAAUCCUGACCAAACAUAUCUAAUCAACUGCCCUAAUAAGGAUACUGUAACUACUUUAUAUCAUGACCCAGCUCAAGAUCAACUCUUCGUGGGCUUUGAAGAUGGCAGGGUGGUGUGUUUCAAUGUAAUUGCAGCUGAUGACAAAGAUAAUGACACUACCGUCUAUUCAAAUGACUAUGUUCUUUGUGCUGUUUCUAGGCUACAACAACUUGUAAGUGGGGGUGGGGUAGGGCAAGGUAGGGUAGGGUAGGGUUGGGUUAGGUAGGGUAGGGUAGAGUAGGGUAAUAUAGAGUAAGACAUUUUUUAACGAGAAAAAGGAGUUUUGUAAAAAUUUGACGAAAAGUCACAAAAUUAAUUGGUUUUUUUUUAAUUUGACGAAGUGUCACUAAAUUUAUUGGUUUUUUAAAGACUUGUAAAUAUCGUUUUUAAAACGAAUUACAGUUUAAAAUUGCAUUUAUAUGCAUUUGUCACCCAAAAAAUGAGUUCUUCAAAAUUUGACGAAAUGUCACAAAAAAUAUCGAUUUUUUAAAAACCGCCUAAAAAGCAUUUUUAAGCAAUUUUAAACUUAUUUGAGUUAGUAUUUAUUUUAUAAAGCGGCAUUUUUUGACAGUUGAGGAAAUGUCACAAAAUUUAUUGAAAAAGUGAACGAAGUGUCACAAAUAUUUUUUUUUUUGGAUUUUUCAAUAAAAUAUUGUGUUUUUAUUUAAUAUAUCACUUUAUAUUUGAAAACUAUACUUUUACUUUGCCAUUUUAAGGAAACAGAAAUAAAAAACCUAAAAGUUCAAUGCAACUUGAUUCGGGCGCAAUCUGCCGGUGUGUUAGACGAAUACAAACAAAUGAAAGAAGGUGAAAUCACAGACUUAAAAACCGAAUUGGAAACGACAUUAUUGGCUAUGAGAGAGAAAAUGAAGGUAAAUUGAAGCUAAAAUACGAAUUUCGAAAAAGUUUUUAAUUAAAAGAAAAUUAUUUAAUUUUUUUGAUUAAAAAAAUUUUAAAAAUGACAAUUUACAGAGAGCAGAAGAAAAAUACGAAGCCAUUGAAGCCAGUAAAGAAGAAGCAUUCGCAAAAAUGAAAAAGGAAAUGGACGAACAAGUGGAGAGCCAAAAGCAAUAUUACGAAAAAUUGGUCAAUGACCAAAUCAAGUAGGUCUGAAAUGAAAAAAACUACCAAAAAUUUUUAAAAUUUGUUUUUGUAUUACCAUUUAAUUAAAAUUUAAUCAAAAUUAACCAUAUAUUGCGUCAUUUUUUGCUGUUUUUGCGUUCUGCAGGCUGCGCGAGACAUGUUAUACGAUGAAACAUGUCCCGGUCAAUACUUUUAAAAAAUUGAAUGUUUAAAGUGCUGUAGUGACAACUAAACUAUACUUAGUUUGUUUUUUAACGCUUUUAGUCAGUUUUUUGCUAUUUGCAACCUGCGCGGGAAAUUUUAUACGAUCAAACAUGUCCCGACUUUACGUGUAAUAAAUGAAUCCUUUUAAUUUAUCGUUUAGUGUAAUAAAUGAAUAAUUAAGAGAUUUUAGUGAUAAAACUAAUUAUUAUUUAGUUUUUCGAUUCUUAUGAUAAGUUUUUUGUCAACUGCAGCCUUCGUGAGACAUCUUAUACGAUAAAACAUGUUUUUUUGUUUUUUAAAUAUCUUUACUGCUAAAAAACUUUAAAAUUUAUAAAUAUAGGUUUAUUUCAAUAUUAAAAACUUUAAAAAAUUAAAAUUAGUACUAAUGGUAUUAAUGGUACACUUGGUACUGUAUUAUUUAAAAAAUUUUUUCUUGUAUUUCUAUACCUAUUAUAACAUGUUUCAGAGGUUCGUUAGAGAAAGACGAGCUAAACCAACAACGAAUCGAGAGUGUUGAAGAAGAUUUCAAAGAAAAACUGGUCGAAAUGAAAGAAAGCUUCAAAAAAGAAGAAAAACAGUGGAAUAAUCUUCAAAAUGGACUGUUACAGGAGAUAAAACAACUAAAAUACGAUAAACACAAGCUGGAGAAGGGGGUGGAGGUAUUGAUGACAAAGAGAAGUGACGAGAGGAAGAUCUAUGAACAAAAUUUGGCCAAAAUGAAACAAAAAGCACAUGAUGAGAGCAAAGAGAACGUGAACCAGAUCAAGCAACUCAAGGUAAACCCUACCCUACCCUACCCUACCCUAUCCUACCUUACCCUACCCUACCCUACCCUACCCUACCCUACCCUACCCUACCCUACCCUACCCUACCCUACCCUACCCUACCCUACCCUACCCUACCCUACCUUACCCUACCCUACCCUACCCUACCCUACCCUACCCUACCCUACCCUACCCUAUCCUAUCCUAUCCUACCCUACCUUACCCUACAGGACCUUAACUUACCCUACUCUACCCUACCCUACUCUACUGUUUCCUAGCCUUACCCCACCCUAGCCCUACGUUACCCCUACCGUGUCUUGGCUUUAACUUGUUUUAUUAGGUUGUUCACUUAAUUCUGCGCCUCUCCACAAAGCUAAUUUGUGGGGUACGGAGCGCAGAAUUAUGUGAACAACCUAAUAGCUCUUCUCUGUUCUAUCUCUAGCCCUACUACCUUACCCCCCUCCCCACUCUAGCUCUACUUUACUCUAGCCCUACCCUGCUCUAGCCCCGCUUUAUAGCUGUACUCAGUUUCUACCUCACCUUACUCUAUCUUAACUUAUCCCUAAUUUACUUAGGCUUCUAUUUACUACGUUUAAGCCUAGGUUUUUAGAAGGUAGGCUUAUAUUACUCAUCUUAGCUUUAUGUUUUAUUAACCCUAGUCUUAUUUUCCUAAUUUUAGGCCUAAUUUUGUCGAUUUAGGCUUAUUUUAUUCAUCUUAUCUUUAUGUUUUUUAAUCAUAGGCUUAUUUUCCUAAUUUUAGGCCUAUUUUUGUCAUUUUAGGCUUAUUUCUUAAAUUUUAGGCCUACCUACUUCGUGAAAAAGAAGCCCGAGAGAAGUCGGACUCCCAGACGGCCGACGUCCGAACAGAAUUAGCCAAUACUCAAGAAGAAUUGGACAAAGCAAGAGAUGAAUUAGAACAUGUAAUGAAAGCCAUGACAGAAGAAAACCAAAAAACAAUCGAAUCCAUGAAGAAACUUGAGGAAAGGAACAAAGAAUUCGAAGUUUUGAAACAAAAACAACGUUUGUUGGCUAGCGAGCUGGAAAAGGAAAAGACUUUGGUAAGGUAGCAUUAAUAUUGGCAGAAGUUUAACAAAUGGCAAGAACUUUCUUUACACAACAGAAAACGGCAAGAACUUUCUUUACAAAACACAAGAUGGCAAGAAAUUUCUUUACAAAACACAAAAUGGCAAGAACUUUCGCUACAGCACCCCAAAUGACAACUUUUAAAAGUGGAAUUUGAGUGGAAGAUUUUCAGUGCAAAAUACAUUACAAAUUUUUCACGAACCUUCCAUUUUCAAAAAAUCUUAAAAUUGCCUAAAACCAUCAGUUUUGAGGUUUUUACAAGUGGAAGUUGAGUGGAAGAUUUGUAAUGUAUUUUGCACUGAAAAUCUUCCACAAAACUUCCACUUUCAAAAGUUGUCAAAAACGUGUUUUUAAGUCAUUAUAAGACAUUUAAAAAGUGAAAGUUAAGUGGAAGGUUUUCAUUGCAAAAUACAUUAUAAAUCUUCCAUUAAAUUUUCAUUUUUUUUAAAUGUUAUUUGGGUGUUUUAAAAAAAGUCCUUGCUCUUUUUUAUAAGUUUAAGUCAAUUUUUAACAGCUAAAAAGAUGAUUUUAAGCUAUCUGACUAACUGCAGGCUGCAGGCGACAAGUUAUACGAUAGAUGUAUAAAUCGUCUCAUUUGUCUUUUGUAAAGAAAGUUCUUGCCAUUUUUCAGUUUGUAAAGAAAGUUCUUGCCUUUUUUUAUCUUGUAAAGAAAGUUAUUGCUAUUUUGUAUUUUGUAAAGAAAGUUCUUGCAAUUUUUCACUUUGUAAAAAAAGUUCUUGCCAUUUUUUGUUUUGUAAAGAAAGUUCUUGCAAUUUCAGCGUCAUGCCCACCAACGUCGCCUCAAGCACUUCGAGAUGCUGAUAGACGAAAUGUCAGAACAUAUAUAUGAUUCUCGUCGCCUGGAACAGUCCGUCCUUGGCCUUUUGGCCUUCUUCAAUUCUGUACCAAAAAGUGGCCAAAUGAUGUCGGCCGAACAGCUCAAGGGCCAGGGCAAGAAUCAGACGGCUAAGACAAGAAAAGUGGUUCAAUUGGGAACGUCGAGACAUAAAGCUCAUUAA